CUAAAAAGUAGUCUUCUGUUCUGGUAGAUGAUAAUUUUGAUACAAAGUUAAAUACUUAAAUAGAUUACAAAUUUUUCUAACUUGACUUAUUCCUCAUCAUGUCGAAGUUAACUCUUCUAUCAUUUAUUUGCCUCGCGUCGGUUUAUUUUUUAGGUGCCGGAGGCCACCUGAGUAGCGUGAACAGAAGGACAAGAAGUAGGGAGUGGUCGGGCGCCGAUGGUGAAGGUUUCCACUCCUCUACUUCCCAGUACAACCAUCGGUGCUCGCCACUCACUGAUGGCAUUCACCCGAUUAUGAAAGGGAUCUGCUCGGCCGAUCUGCUGAACGCCGUGAAGAGAGCUUGUUCUGAUCCCAGCUACAAAAUGGAGAGCAAUGCUGACAUACCAUCGAACUUCGACGAUGAUUUCUACGUGAGAUUGGACAGGGAGGAGUUCAUCGAUGAGAUCGCCCAAAACGAGGACGAGAAGAAGAACGCCCUCUCCAUGUACGACAUCUACAAAGUCGACCCCAAGGUGUCCGUAGAAAGAAGUCUGUGGUGCGACUGUUGCGUGCACGAAUGCACCGCGGACCACCUUCGGGGGCACUGCAGCGUACUGAACAGGCAGAUCAGUUUCCAGGAAUUUCAGAAUCUGUUCGUGAGGCACCGAGAUUAUUACGAUUGGUGGGUGCCUAGAAAUUUUGACAUCACUCCAUCUUCUCGCUCGGAUGAAAAUGAAGACGCGGACGGAAGGCAGGAAGCUGCAAAUGACAUCACCUCCCGGGAUGAUUACUUCAUGGACUCCAACUUGCCAAACGGAAGAGAACGUUGAUUGCAGCCCUAACUACAACUUCUUCUGCUUCGAACGCUUAUUUCGUUCAGUUUUUAAACGAUGACAAAUAAUUACAUUGAUUUCAAAAACUCUCUUUGAAAUCUGUUUCUGUUAAGUAUUCAUUUUACAGCUAAUAAAAAUAUAAAUUCAGCAUUCA